ACUAAGCCGGGCCGGGCGGCGAUGGCGGCCGGCGGCGCGGCGCGGACCGCGCUGCUGCUGCUGCUUGGAGCAGCAGCGGCGCCGGUCCCGGCCCGGGGCUCGCAAGGGGACCGGGAGCCGCUGUACCGCGAGUGCCUGAGCCGCUGCGAGCGGCAGAACUGCUCGGGGGCGGCGCUGAAGCACUUCCGCGCUCGCCAACCGCUCUACAUGGGCCUGACAGGCUGGAGCUGCCGAGACGACUGCAAGUACGACUGCAUGUGGCGGACGGUGCGGCUCUACCUGCAGGGGGGCCACAGAGUGCCCCAGUUCCACGGCAAGUGGCCCUUCCGGCGCUUCCUCUGCUUCCAGGAGCCGGCCUCAGCCUUUGCCUCCUUCCUCAACGGCCUGGCCAGCUUCGUCAUGCUGCUGCGCUACAAGGCCGCCGUGCCCCCGGCCUCCCCCAUGUACCACACCUGCGUCGCCUUCGCCUGGGUCUCCUUGAACGCCUGGUUCUGGUCCACCGUCUUCCACACUCGGGACACAGCUGUGACAGAGAAGCUGGACUACUUCUGUGCUUCGGCCGUGGUGCUGCACUCUGUGUACCUCUGCUGCGUCAGGACUCUGGGGCUGCAGCGUCCAGCCUUAAUCAGCAUCUUCAGGGCCUUCCUCCUCCUCUUCCUCGCCUGCCACAUCUCCUACCUGACCCUGGUCCGCUUCGACUACGGCUACAACAUGGCAGCCAACGCCGGCAUCGGGCUGCUGAACCUGGCCUGGUGGCUGCGCUGGUGCCUGCGGAACCGCCCGCGCCUGCCCCACGUCUGGAAGUGUGCGGCGGUGGUGCUGCUGCUGCAGGCCCUGGCGCUGCUGGAGCUGCUCGACUUCCCCCCCCUCUUCUGGGUGCUGGAUGCCCAUGCCCUCUGGCACAUUGGCACCAUCCCCCUCAACGUCCUCUUCUACAGUUUCCUGAUGGAUGACAGCCUCUACCUCCUGAAGGCCAACUCUGACCUCUUCAAAGUGGACUAGAGCUGCUGGGGGGGGGAGCACAGCCCCCUGCCUGCCCCCCCCCGGGGUCCUGCCCUGCCCUGUGCCAAGUGACCCCCCAGGCCCCUCCCCCCCCGCCCGUGGCCUCCUUCCCCCAGUUGCCUUCUGAGGUUUCUUGCUCCCUGGACCCUCCCCCCUCGACUCUUUGCCCCCCCUCUCCUCUCCCUGGGGCGGGGGGCUGCUUGCACAGGGGGCUCAGUGCAGCUGAACCUCCCCCCCAGUGCCCCCCAGUGAUGAACUGGGAGCUGUGAAGCCUGCAGUAGCCACGAGGUGGCUGCUGGAGCCUGUGGGGC